CCGGCCCCCCCACCCGGCCCGGGCGGGAGUUUGCACCUCUCCCUGCCCGGGUACUCGGGCCGCCGCUGCAAAGCCAACUUUGGGAAAAGUUUUAGGGGGGAGACUUUGGCUUUGAAGUGCCCAGCUCUGCGCUUUCCGACUUCGGGGGCCUUUCCAGAAAAUGUUGCAAAAAAGCUAAGCCGGUGGGCAGAGGAGAACGCCUGUAGCCGGCGAGUGAAGACGAACCAUCGGCUGCCGUGUUCUUUUUCCUCUUGGAGGUUGGAGUCCCCUGGGCGCCCCCACACGGCUAGACGCCUCGGCGGGUUCGCGACGCAGCCCCCCGGCAGUGGAUGCUCGCUCCGGCUCGGGAUCCGCCCAGGUAGCGGCCUCGGACCCUGGUCCCGCGCCCAGGCCCUUCCCAACCCACCAACGACGGAGCCGGGGUCGAAGGCGGCGGCGCCCAGGGGCCAUGCGGGUGAGCCGCGGCAGCGGCUGCAGCGGCCUGAGCGCCUGAUCGCCGCAGACCCCAGCCUAGCCCAUCUCCUUCUCCAGCCCCCGCCCUCCACCCUGGCCGCGGGGGCGGCGCGCUCCGUCCACGCGUCCGGGGCCCCGCGGGGCCGGGCCCGGAGUCGGCAUGAAUCGCUGCUGGGCGCUCUUCCUGUCUCUCUGCUGCUACCUGCGUCUGGUCAGCGCCGAGGACUUGGGCCACGAAGAUUGGACAGGACAGAGGGGAAGAAACAAGGAAAAUCAGAUUGCAAAGGAACCCCAGGCCUGAGAUCUGGGGCAGCUUCUUCAGAGUGCCAGGCCUCUUUUUCCAGCUCUGAGGGGAGCUGCCCACCUGAGGAGACUUCUAGAACCUGCACCCAGGAAAACCCUCACUCUGCGCUCACUCUCCCACACCAAGAGGAGCCUUUGUCCCCAAGCAGGUGCCCAGGCAAGUCUCCACUCAGGGCACUGCGUCCCGGGGCUGGCCAUAGGCUGAAUUUCCUCACCCUUCACCCACCCCCAGCCCUGGAAGGGACCCAUCAGCCCACACGGCCCCAGGCAGUGCCAGCGUGAGACUAGGGUACCAUUUCCUGUGACCCAGCCCAGGGGAUAAUGCAAAGCCACACACUCCGCCAAGGGCAGGCAGCUCUCCACCCACCCAUUGUCAUCCUCAAAAAUGUCCUGCACUGCUUUCCCCUGGGUAUGCGUGCUGCUCCGUGCUGCCACACUGAAGGCAUGGUGAUGACCACAGCUACAGCUCAUUAAGUACCCAUUAUUUGCUGGCUGCUCUGCUGGGUGCAAUUACACCUCCCAGUAACCCCAGUGAGGUAUUAUUAGCCCCAUUGAAAAGAUAAAGAACCUGAGGUUUUAGGUCGUUAAAGACCUAUUUCAACAAUCCAGGUUUCCUUGGCAGCUGAGGCCUUUGCUCUUUUGACUAUACAUACAGUUUCUCGGCCUCUGCACUGUUGACAUUUGGGGCCAGACAAGUCUUUAUUGUAGAUGGCCGCCCUGUGCUUAGUAGGCUAUUUAGCAGCAUCCCUGGCCCCCACUUACUAGAUGCCAGUAGCAAGCUUCUAGUCAUGAUGACCAAAAAGUGCCUCCAGACAUGGCCAGUAUCCCCUGGGGGCCACUGCCCUGGUUGAGAACCUCUGCUCUGUGACCUGCACUGAGUGAAGAGCAGACAGGAACUGAAAACAGUCCCGAGAAGCUCCUUGGUGGGCUGAGAGAGAGAGAGAGGCUCAGCUCUACUUGUACUAGCGGUAUUGACCUGUAGCCAUUUACUUAAUUUUUCUAAGCCUCAGCUUCCUCAUCUGGAAACGAGGGAUAAAAAUAGUGCCGACCUCUGGGGAUUGGUAGUUAGUACAGCAUUUAGCUCAGUGCCUGGCUCAUAGUCAGCACUUAAUGAGUUAGCUGUGGUAUUAUCAAAUCCAGGGGCUCUUAGUGAGUCCUGGGCACCCAGUGACCCAAUUACUAGAAGCAUGUGCAGGAAUGGACUUUCUGCUUAGAAUACAGUGGACUCUGUAGGAGGCUGUUUGUGCAGGGGGUGGGGGAGGACUAUCUCAGGUGGUCCUCUUGGUGGAGGAGGUGGGAAAAGCAUGCAGGAGAGAACUUCAGGGAGAAGGGGAUAGUCCUUCAGGCAUUUUACCAGUAUUUAUUGAGCACCUACUGUGUGCUUCUCCCCAGUCUCUAUCCUGGGCUCUCCCCAAGGGAGCCUUCGGUGGAGAGGCCUGGGUUUGUUUCCAUAAGUUGUCUCUUUUGCAUUGUAGGCUGAGUCCAGGGCAUCCGCUGGGCCCGAUUGGGGUCUGCCUACUCCACCAUGGCUGGCAGCUGCAGCCACCUCUCCAGUGAGCAAGGAAGUCUUGGCACGAAUGCAACAUGCCAUUUGGGAGACCCCAUCCCCGAGGAGCUCUACGAGAUGCUGAGUGACCACUCUAUCCGCUCCUUCGAUGACCUCCAGCGCCUGCUGCACGGAGACUCCGUAGAUGAAGACGGGGCCGAAUUGGACCUGAAUUUGACCCGGUCCCAUUCUGGAGGCAAGCCAGAGAGCUUAUCUCGAGGGAGAAGGAGCCUAGAUUCCCCGACGGUCGCCGAGCCAGCCAUGAUCGCCGAGUGCAAGACGCGCACCGAGGUGUUUGAGAUCUCCCGGCGCCUCGUCGACCGCACCAACGCCAACUUCCUGGUGUGGCCGCCCUGCGUGGAGGUGCAGCGCUGCUCCGGCUGCUGCAGCAAUCGCAACGUGCAGUGCCGCCCCACCCAGGUGCAGCUGCGCCACGUCCAGGUGAGAAAGAUCGAGAUUGUGAGGAAGAAGCCGAGCUUUAAGAAGGCCACAGUGACUCUGGAGGACCACCUGGCAUGCAAGUGUGAGACGGUGGUGGCCGCAAGACCUGUGACCCGAAGCCCAGGGAGUUCCCAGGAGCAGCGAGCCAAAACGCCCCAAACUCGGAUGAGCGUUAGGAUGGUGCGAGUCCGCCGGCCCCCCAAGGGGAAGCACAAGAAGUUCAAGCACACGCAUGACAAGAAGGCGCUGAAGGAGACCCUUGGAGCCUAGAGGCAUCUGCAGGAGAGUGCGGGCAGGGUUAUUUAAUAUGGUAUUUGCUGUAUCGCCCCCAUGGGGUCCUUGGAGUGAUAAUAUUGUUCCCCUCGUCCGUCCGUCUCGAUGCCUGAUGCGGACGGCCAAUGGUGCUUCCCCCGGCCCUCCACGCAACCUGCCACCCCCCUGCCAGCGGGUCUUCCCUCAGCGGCCUCCAGCGUCUUGCCCGGAAGCUUGAGAAGGAAACAAAGGACCUGGACUCCAUUGCUGUCUUCCUCCCCCGGCCCCAAGAAUCUGGGAUAAGAGCACGGGAGAAACUGAUGGGGGAAGGAGCUCCCUCCCUCAGCGCCUGGCCCAAGCCACACCUGAGCACUGUGCACCGGCCCAAGGAACCCUGCACGUGGGCCUGAGGACGUCGGCACAGCCUGCUUGGUCCCUGGACCCAAAGCGAGCUCUGAUGGGAGCACCCGCAGGCAAGCCAGGGUGCCUCGUACUCUUGCGGCUGAGAACAGAUCGGGGAGCACAGACUGGAGAACCGCCCCCACCCCCCCAGGCCUAGUCACCUCUCCCCGGUCACCUCUGCUCACAGUGGCUUCCUUUUAUUUUACACGUAUGAAAUCUUCGAAGAUGUGGACUCCUCCGGGCACGUGUGGCCUGAGCGCCCGGCAGCCAGGUGCCCUCUCAGAUGGGUUGGAGGUGAAGUUUGCUCUGGGGGUGGGCAUAGAUGGUGACCUGGGCGUCCACUGCCUCCUCCUACUUCCCCUUCCACUUCCUCCUGAUUCACCUCUACCUCCGCCCUGCAUCUUCCUCGUCCCGGCCCUUCAGUCUGCUCCACCAAAGGGACCACCUUUCCUGAGGCUCCCAGUGGCCCUACACACUGCUCCCUAGGGCAGAGGACCAGGGGCUGGGCAGCAGGCGGCCUGUCCAUCACGUCCCCGCCCAGCCCAGACUGCCGGGUGAGUGCCGCACAAGGGCACCGCCUGUGGGGGGGGGGGUGCUGUUCACAUCACAGAUGUGGCCGAUUUGUAUAUUUAUUAUGACAGUUUUCCGGCAGCUGGAAGUAAAGUGUCUUGAGGAAAGGGAUCCUUUUCCUGAUUGACACAAAGGCUCUGAGUGGACUAGCUGUGCCCCCGCCACAGUCCCUGGCUUGGAGUGGUGGGACAGGAGCGAGUUCAUGGUGGGGAGUGGGGAGGCAGCACAUCGUCCAUCUGGCCUCCAUUUCCCCAAGUCCUCGGCUCAAGCAGCCACCCUUCCAGGCAGGUGUGAAAAACCCAAGAGAAAGUCUCUAAGGGAGGGGGCAGCCCUGGCACCCCCAUGCACACCCCCCCAUCUUAGAUGCUUUUGAGUUCCACCUCUGGGAGCUCCUCCCAGGAAACCAGCUCCUGGGCUGGGAGUGGGGAAGACGGGGAAAGGUCCCCAGGGCCCCCUGGGGGCGGGGUCUGAGCUCCCACCUCCCUUCCCACUUUCCACUGCUCUUUCCCCUCCCCCUCUCCAAAAUCUGCUUCCUUCAGUUUGUAAAGUCGGUGAUUAUAUUUUUGGGGGCUUUCCUUUUAUUUUUUAAAUGUAAAAUUUAUUUAUAUUCCGUAUUUAAAGUUGUAAAAAAAAAUAACCACAAAACCAAACCAAACGAAUCCUCCAGAGGUCUGUCUGUUGGCAUCGUGCGUGGCAAUUACCCUUUCCGCAUUGGCAGGAUUCGCUGACAGCUUGCCGCGUGUUCCUCUCACUCUAGGAGGCUGAGGCGCACACUCAGGCGCACACGCGCGUGUGUGCACACACAAGCGGGCCCACUGCUCUGGGGGGGCCUCUGUCUGGGGGUGGGUAAGAGCCAUAUAUGGCCCACUCUGCAGGUCUUGGUCCUGCAACAGCUCCUGAUACCUGAAACCCUGGUCUCAGCCCUGUGCCUCUCACUGGCAGUGGCCAGAGGUGGCUUUCUCCAGCCUGAGGGUCUCCAUGAGAGGAGACCCUCAGCAUCGUAGCGUGGGACUGGCUGUGGGGAGGGGCUUCCCACUGCGGGGAAGGCUGGAGGAGGUCCUGGAGGGGCUGUGGGAUUUAGAAGGAACACAGCUAAAAGUUGGGUCUACAGUCUGAUCUUAGCCAGCUGUGUGGCCUUGGGGAAGUCACAGCCCCGCUGGCCAGAACCUCAUCUGGAACAUGAGAAGAUGACCGGGAGACUUGUGGCCUCUAAGGUCCAGCUGUGGGGUUCUGUGCUUUUCCUUGCCUGUGAAGACUUGGGUAACAUUCCAUAAAAAAGAUUUUAAGCGUG